AGUAAGGGCGUGGGCGUGGCAUUGCAAUUGAAAUCGACUACUACAGUAUUUGUUUGCUUUAAAUGUCGAACGAUACUCUCAGCGUUCGUUUGGCUGCACGCCGUGCUUCAGGCAGCUCCAUUGACGAGACUCGCAACCGUAACUCGACUCUGGUUGCCGACGCAGUCGCAGUCGGUCAGUCAAAGAAGGACCGACUGAGUGCACCUCGUGGUCGUCGUGUCGGUCAUCUCUACUCUCGCAAAGACAACGUCAGGGACGUGUCGGUCUCUGGCGAGUGGGCAAGCAAAGAAUGCGAGUUACUGCGAUUGUGUUUUGUCAAUUUGCAGGAGGCGCUGCGGUGGCUCAACGCUGUGCUGAGCGCCAAGGCACACGACCCGGUGACCGACCUGCGCCAGUUGGGAGAUGGAUACACACUCGUCGUUCUCCUGGAAGCUCUCACGUCGACGACGAUCGUAACGGGACUGCGCAAGGUGCCCGCACUGCGCGUUCAUCGAAUCGGCAACGUUCACAAGUGUCUGACGUUUCUCAGUCAGAGCAGUGUGCAACUGUACGGAAUCAACGCGGACGAUGUUGUAAACGGAAAUCUCAAGUCGCUGCUCGCGCUUUGUCAUUGUCUGAAGCUCCGAUUCAAGACUUCAAAGGAAGCUUGGGGAGAGGGAGGUGUUAGUACACCACAAUCACCACCUGUCAGAUCAGAAUUAAUGUCCCAGCCACACUUAUUGAAAACUAAGCAAAGUUGGGUUCAUGACGAAUUACCUGUAGAAACUCAGACUGUAAUUUCUAGUGUGCCUGUUGUUGAGAAGGUAAGCAUAGAUAGUAAGGCGAAGAUGGUCGAGGACAAGUUGCUUGAUCUUCUUCAAAGUCCUGAUGUGACUGGCUCAGAUCAGCAGAGACCUGCUAACAUAAGGCUUGCAGAUGAUGAUAAAGAAGAAAACGACGACGAUGAAAUCCCGACGUCUGAAUAUGUGCCCUCAGAUCCAUCCAAAGAGAUGAAGCGUUGGAGCAGUAGCCCUGUAGCAACUGCACAGCGACACAGUGCUGAUUUCUCGUCGUUGAACUGGCAGUUGCAGAAAGGACGUUUGUCUAAAUCUUCAUCGUCUGUCACUGGAUCUGACAAUAGUGGCAAACCGUCAUUUUUAUCUCUUGCAACUUCGUCAAACUGGAGAGACACAAGCAGACGAGCAAAAAGUUUGUCUCCAAGUCACCAUUUGUAUGGAGGAGAGAGUGGCGGUCAGUUAGGUCAACUGGUUCCUUCGAUGCGGCAAGCUCUGACACCAUGCAGACAAACUAUAGCGGUGCCAACUGCAACCUCUAGAGCUUCGUCUCAAGCUCGUGCUAUCACGUCGCCGAUAUAUGAGCUUGGAAAGCAUCCCCGGAAAACAAAAAGAAAUGUACAAGCUUCACGAUCUCAACGAGAGCUGCAACAAAAGCGGGAGUUAAAACCCCAAUCUACUGAUAUAGACAACAGCAAGCAAAAAACUCAAGCCAGUCCUCUGGUUGAAAGACUCGAGCUUCCAUCUGGUGAACUGGCAGUGAAACAAGGCUUACACAGUCUACCAGACGUUUCUGUUACUUCGAAUGUACAUAGGGGUGUAUUCAUGAAAGGCUUGAGUUGGAAUACUGCUACACAGCACUUGAAUCGCGAUUCUGUAGCAUCUAUUCCAGAGUUUUCACCAACGAUCCUCAAACAGACAGAGUUAGCUCUGGAAAGUCGACCUCGUGCACCUCCGCCGCACGACAACAGUAGCAUGUCAUCCGGCAAUGAAGACGAUUUAGAUGUAUCAUCACCAUUGCCCACAUUUGGUGCCGUCCCAGGUCUAGAGAAAACUGAUUGUUUAGUCCAGCCUCUAGCGAUGUCACCAGACCAUAUGUCUUCCGAGCAGCUAUUCCAACAAUUUUGUGCAUCCGAUCAUAAUUCCAUUCUCAGUCGUCUUCUUGCCAGUCUAGUGACUGAGGUGUCCGAUUUGAAGUUGAAACAAGACACAUUGAUUAAAGGCUUCGAAGAGGAGCGGCAUAUGCUUCGCUCUCAACUUUACCAACAAGCCAAAGUGAUGCACGGCUUUGUUGCCAAACCUUCCAGACGACGUCAUAUGAAGCGUGUCAGAGCUCUCAAGCUUCGUUUCUCAUCACUUCAGUCUCACGUCAUCGAGCUCGCACGUAACAGUGCUAAACUAACUACUCAGCUAGACAGGCAGCACCAGCUUCAAGAGGAAGUCAACUCUCUAACAAGAACGGUCCAGAAGCAGUCGGAGCUCCUGCAACUGACUAAUAGUCCAUCAAAUGGUGUUGCGGGUGCUCCUUCGGAUCAGCUCAAUUUUCUAUCACCACCAUCACUUCCAGGAAUAAGCAACCAGCUACAUGAUAUUCACAGUCCACACCAGAUAGAUAAGUUGACAAGGUUCUUUGGAGAAGAGCCACCACUAUUGAGGAAAUUUCUCAAGAGGCUUGGUUAUGAGAAAUUGGCCGCAAAGUUUGAGAAAGAGAAGGUGACCAUGCUUGAGCUGCCGUAUCUGGAUGAGGAUCGACUAAUACAGUUGGGCGUACCGAUGGGACCAAGAGCUCGUAUCAUGUUUGAGGUCCAGCAGCUAAGGCAGAGGGCCACAUCACCGAGUUGAUCCAUGUUUAUUCAUCUGCUGUAAAGAGAUGCCGGACAUGCUUUUAGUAUAGAAUGCUACGUAGUUGCUUUGUGUAUUGUAUUUUACAGAAAUAGAUCAUGUUUAUGUGAGCAUUCUCACAUGUUGUAGAGUAAACAGAUGACGAUAUUAUGUACAUACGUGUGCAGUUAGAGUAAAAUUUGAAUGUAAAAUGCGAUUUGAGUGGCCGUUGGCACAAAGCUUACAGCA